UACCGAAUUGCGGUGCCGAAGCUUGCUGCGAGACCUACGGUUCCCUACCCGAGCACAGGACAGAUCCCGGUGCUCCAGUACCGGCAUCCGAUAAACAGCGCCCCGAUCGACGCCCGGGACCAAAACAUCCCGUCCACCACAUUCACUCUCCAAGCAAGCAAGCAGACAAUCAAGCCUUUCUCUGUUCUCCUUUCAUUUCCUCUAUGUGUUGUCCAUAUCAGCCUACUUUACUCCACAGCGGAAUUUCCCUCCACCCCUCCCAGGCACACAAAAUAAAUUUCACUCUCCCCACGCCUUCCUUUCUUCACCGCAAAAUGAUAUCAUUUCAACCCACCACGCUGGAGAUCUCGAGUCAAGUCGGGCAAACACUCGCCGGGCCACCGUGCACUAUGACGAUGGGAGAAUUGAGCAGACAAAACUUGCUCGAGUAGG